AUGUCUCAUAUAUCUCCUAACCCCCUCCAGAACGUCCCCUCCCACAUCCAUGCGCUUCUCAAUCGACUCCACGCCGAAUCGACCGCCCAGGAAUCCGCCCUGCCCAGCGAUGCCUUUCGUUCGGACAACUUCGACGACGUGAUGCGCGACAAGUUCAUUGCGCUGGACCAAGACAAAUGCCAGUUCAUCUAUCAACUGUGUCGCUCAAUCAACGCCAAGACCAUUGUCGAAGCAGGCACCUCCUACGGAGUGAGCACGAUCUACCUGGCGCUGGCGGUAGCGGCCAACGUAGACGCUACAGGAGGAACCGGCACCGUCAUAGGCACUGAAUAUGAGCCGUCCAAGGCGGCCAAGGCGCGAGAGCAUUGGCGCGAGUGUGGCGAAACGGUGACCAAGUUCAUCGAUCUGCGUGAGGGCGACCUCAGAGAGACCCUUCGGGACAAUGUGGAGAAUGUUGAUCUCUUGUUGCUGGAUAUCUGGACUCCGAUGGCGCUCCCUACGCUCAAGCUUAUCCAGCCCAAGAUGCGCCACGGGGCGGUCGUGAUCGCCGACAAUACCAUCAAGAGCGGGGUGAACUACAAGGAGCUGCUGGAUUACCUGAGGGCGCCUGAUAGUGGAUUUACCAAUCUCACUCUGCCGUAUAGCAACGGAUUGGAGAUGAGUGUCUAUCUGCCGCAGAAGUAG